AUGGAUGCCAAGAAACUGCAAUUGAAUCCGGAAAUUAUGGAGAAGAUAAAAAUAUCCAGUGCAGAAUUCGAUUCCACCUUGAUCGCAUCCCCACUGAAAAAGCUUGAAAUAACGGAGGAGUCGAAUAUUCUCUCGCCUGAUCAGUGCGCAAGCACUGCAAGAAAGGACGGGGAUGAUAAAGGAGCGAUCAUAUUAGAUGAAUCAGCCUCGGUGGAUCAUCCAUCUUCGCCCACUUUGGUUGAGGCUGGAGACACCAUGGAGGAUCUACCCGAAUCGGAUUGUGCUCAACCACCCAGACCAGCACCGGUCUCUCUGGGUGCAUGUUUCUCAUGCGGCAAAGUUUGUGACCGUCGUUUGAGCUGCGCUCAACACCGGUGCACCGAGCCUUGUCAUUUGGGCGAAUGCAAACCGUGCUCUUUAGACCCACUCCGUUGCCUGACUUGUCCGUGCGGGCGUGUGGCUCUGAGCAAAUUGAUUGGUGUGUUCCGGUUGUUUUCAUUUACCCCUCCCCCCUUUCCUGAUGCUCUGACGUUCCUGCAGCAUGAUCAUUGGGCACGAUUCAUAUUCUCACUGGCUUAUUAG